UCCGGGCUCGAGUCUCGCAGGCCUAAGCGCUGCAGGUCGCUCUGCGCCGCCGCCCCCCACCCGCUGCUUCAUCUCCGCAGCCGGGGGCGGGGCCUCGCAUUCCUGACCGCUGAUUGGUCGGCCGGGAUUCGGGAUCUGCUGCGGAGGCGGCGCGUCCAGGUGAGCUUGGCAGGAGAGGCCGAGCAGGGGCCGGGAAGAUGCUGCUGCAGCUGCGGACAGCGGAGCGCCUCGGCGUUGAGGAGAUGCGCGGUGGCGGCUUCCCACGCCUCCUCUGCCAGGUGAGGGCUGCGCGGAGGGAGGGAGGCAGGCGGCUUUUCUCCAUCCUUCUUCUCCUGUGGCAGGACGGGAGAAGGGGGCUCCUGGACACGUGCAGAGCACCCUCCGGGUCCUUGAUCUCCCGUCGUGGGAAGAGGAGCUCUUCUCCUUUUGGGGCUUCCUAUGGGGUGGCGGGACCACAGGAAUGCGUUUGGGCCCUGGGCAUCUCCUCUUCCUCGCCCGCCCCACAAUAUCUCUUUCGUGGCACCCAACCAUCAUUUUCUCUUGGGGCCAGUGCGGGGGCGGAGGUGCCCCUUCCUCACAUGCCGCUUGGGCAUCCGCGGUGCCUCUUCGGGGAGAGGCCGUCUCCUCCCUCCAUCUCCAUGUCUCCAUCCCCGCAGCAACCCCCGGAGCGGUCCCAGCCGGCGGCGCCAUGAAGAAGCAGCGCUCCGAGUACUGGGGAGGGCCAGAGCCCCUGGCUUCCCCGCACCACCACCAGCAGAGGGGCGGGCGGGUCAUCGCCAAACUGGCGGAGUAUGUGGGCUCCUUUACUGUCGAGGACGCGGAGCUCCAGCAGAAGGCUCUGGCCAUCCAGCAGCAGCUUCAACGCCUGAAGGACUGCCCCAGGCGGCGAUCUGUCGUCCUCAAGUUUUGCCUGCAGGGUCUGAAGAUGUACAAUGCAGAGGGGGAGGCUCUGCUUAUGGCGCAUGCCCUCAAGCGCAUCCUGUAUAGCACCUGGAUACCCACUGAGUGCCAGUUCGCCUUUGUGGCCCGCAACCCACGCAGCCCUCGCAACAGCCUCUUCUGCCACUUGUUUGUGGGCAGCCAGCCCAGUGAGGUCCAGAUUUUGCACUUCUUGCUCUGCCGCUCCUUCCAGCUCUACUAUCUCCUGACGCAUCCUGAGGACCAAGAAUGGCCCCCCAGUGGUUCCACGCAGCAGGAACCCGGAAGGCUGCUGGGAGCCUCUUUGGAUAACCGGGUGGCCUGGGAGUCCCUCGAUCCGGAGGAUGUAUCCCAAAACGUCAAUGCGUUGGUGUCCUUCCGGAGGCUUCCGUGCCCUGCUGACUUUGGCCCCUCCGUCAGCGUGAGAGAGAGGCUGGAUUUAGAGGAAAGGAGCACCCUGGGCACCUCUCGCCCGGGGAAUCCAUACUGCUCCCCAAUCCUGGUGCGGAAGAAGGCGAUCCGCAGCAAAACCCUCCGCUCCGGAGCCUAUCGGGGCUGCACCUUUGAGGCUCAGUUGCAGCAGAGCGCCCGAGAGAUGUUUCUCACCAGCUGCGACAGCAAAGGCAGCAGAGGGAGCCUGGCUUGCUUGCUGGAUAACGACAGCAGUCUGAUGGAGAACGUGUGGUCCUUUGCAGGCAUCGACAGGGAUGCCGGGAUGGCGCUGCUCAGGAAUGAUGUAAUUGGAGCCUUCCUCCUCUGGGCUGAGCCAGGGGCCACCAACCAGUGGUGUCUUACAGUGAGGACAAGAUGUGGAAUCAUCCCUUACCAGAUUUACAGGAGCCAGCUUGGGAAGUAUUCUGUGGAGCAUUUGAAUGUGGAGUUCCCCAGUAUGGAUGCCCUGUUGGAGCACUACUCUGGAAUCCAAGGAGGCCUGUUCUGCUCUCUGGCUGCAGGCCGGAUCAACCACUGUUACGAGGAGCAAGACUGCGCAGCGGACGAUCCCUGGAAGGAAGACAGAAGCCGUCGGCAGGCGUCUUGGCUACAUGGCACUAGUAAAUCUCUGGCUGUCCCACAGGAACUGGGAUGAGGAAUCUGGGCUUAGCUUUCCUGCGAUCCACAUGCUAACUGUGCUAACUCUUUUUGUGGUGUUCAAACUAUAUGGCACUUUUGCACUUGGGCUAGCUUUCUUAUACUGAUACGGUAGGGAUUAGGCUUCAUAGCAUUGAUCCAAUCCUUCCCCCUCACGCCCCCAGUAGAAGAGCAAACUAGUAUUAACUUUUCUAGCCAAAAGGUCCCAUGGCGCUGAUGCCCUCGGUCGUUCAGAGAUAGAUUUUUCAUCAGUGGCUGAAAUCCUGCACAUGCUUUCCAAUAGGGUUGCCAUAUUAAUAAUAAAAAAGUAAAAUUCCUGAUACCCACAAAAUUGUUGAGCUUUUUAAAGGAAACCACACCAAUUUGGGAAGAAACUCAAAUUGUUUAGCUUUUUGCGGGGAAACCAAUAGUGAUUUUAAGCUUUUUGAGCUUUUUCCAUCACGUUGCCAUACAUCCAGGUUCUCCCUUACAUUUUGCCUGUCCGGCAGAAUUCCCUCCAGACAUUUUUACACCCAAAAACCAGGACGUGGCAGGAAUUUUCCAGACGUAUGGCAAACCUACUUUCCAAGCACAAAAGCCCCAUUGGACUUGGAGUUACUACUGACUAGAGGUACCCUGGAGUUGCACUUUCUGUCUCAAUCCUACGUCACAGAAUCGUAGAGUUGGAGGGGACCCCAAGGCUCAUCUAGUCCAACCCAAUGCAAUGCCGGAUUCUCAACUGUGAAUUCAUCUCACCACCACUUUUCCUAUCUUGGGCUGCAGCUCAGACAAUAAAUGCUCCUUCAGUUAGAGCAUUGGUUUACCAGAUUCUUGCCACUUAUCUUAAAAACAAAUAAACAAAUUAACUGAGCAUUUGAGAGGUCAGAGAUAACUCCAGGUUUAAUAUAAACAAAAUUCUGCAAGUGGUUUUUAGCUCUUGCAGGUUAAUUAACUCAACACCCUCUUUCCCACUUAGUGUUGCUGGUUUAUGUUCCUUGGGUUGUGUCCAAUGCUGGUCCUACUCAAAGUUAAUGUACUGUACAUAAUUUUUAUGGAUCUACUCUCAGUAGAAUUUAGUUGGUUACAAUCCCUUAUUUUGCUUAUGGGGGUUUAUGUACCUGCUGCUGCAAGAAUAUUUUGAAAGAAAUAUUUUUUGGGGGGGGGAAAUAUUUGUGAGCAUGCCAAUAUAUGAAUACAU